GCUAAUUUUAUUAACAAAGGUCAGAGAUCGUCGACGUGGGAAAGCCUCUUCGUUAAAAACGAUUGGCAGUCAUGUGCAAAUCUGUGGCGCUUAACGGUCGAACUGGAACAAAGUUACGGUUUGGGUCUCAAACGUUAACUAAAGAUCCAAGGUUAGUUAAAGAACAAUGGUACCUCGAGAAUUGCAAACUACAAGUCGCUCCUCUCCUUAUGCCACCUCCUAACCCCUCGGUCUCAGAUUUACCUACAAACAAGGACCCCUUGGCUUCGGUUGAACCGCAGAGAAUUGUAAUUCAAAACAACCAUGGGGAGAACCUUGUUGGAAUAUUACAUGAAACAGGUUCUAAGGAUCUUGUUAUCAUCUGCCACGGCUUUCGAUCAAAGAAGGAACGAACACCCAUGGUGAGUCUUGCCACUGCUUUAGAAAGAGAAGGAAUCAGUGCUUUCCGCUUUGACUUUGCUGGGAAUGGGGAAAGUGAAGGCUUCUUUAUGUAUGGUAACUACCGCAGGGAAGCUGAGGAUUUACGAGCUGUUGUCCAACACUUCUGCAAGAAAGAACGUUUAAUAACUGCAAUUAUUGGGCACAGUAAAGGGGGAAAUGUGGUGCUUCUCUAUGCUUCAAAGUAUAAUGAUGUAACCAGGGUCAUCAAUAUUUCUGGCCGGUUCCAUCUAGAGAAAGGCAUUGAAGGACGAUUGGGUAAAGAUUUCAUACAAAGAAUCAAACAAAAUGGAUUUAUUGAUGUUAAGAACAGAAAAGGAAAGUUUGAAUAUCGUGUAACUGAAGAAAGUUUGAUGGACCGAUUAACCACCGAUACUCAUGCAGCAUGUCUUUUGAUUGAUCAAAAUUGCAGGGUCUUGACAAUUCAUGGAACCAUGGAUGAAUUUGUACCAGCCAAAGAUGCCCUGGAAUUUGCCAGGUUUAUUCGAAAUCAUAAACUGCAUUUAAUUGAAGGAGCUGAUCACGAGUAUACUUUGCACCAGGAUGAGUUAGCUACAGUUGUGCUUGGCUUUGUAAGGGCAGCUCGUGAAGACAGAAACAUACCCGAACAUCUACAAUCGUGCAAAACAGGAGUUAAUUUUAUCAAAUCACGUAUCUGAUGAGUUUUGAAUAACAGUCAUGUUCGGUGCUCCUGAUAGAAGAAAACAGAACCUGAAUAUCUUGGGGGAUGUGAUCACGUGCUGAAAGAUGAACAAAUUCCAGCCCAGCUGAUGUAAAAUUUACCUUUACGGUUGAAUUUGGCCAGCUUGAGACUUUGCUGCAUUCCCAUGACCUUCUCCCAUGUAGGACGUAAGAAGUUAGGCUUUUAAAUUGCUUUGUGAACUGAUGGAUUUGUAGGUUAUUGUAAUAACAAACUCUAUUAGUACUUGAAAAAGCCAUUAAGCUAUAAUCUUCAAAAUAAAGCAGAAUUAUUUUUUUCAACUUCAU